AUGAAUUGCAUGAGACCGAAAUUAAAUUGUGGCUUAAAGCAAGUUGUAUCUAGACCUCCCUACUUUCAGGUAGUUGAACUUAGCAAUUUCCUAGCCUAUCUGGAAAAUGUGGUGUCUUGUUUUUGCUCUGAUGUUGGCAAAACUCGGAAGUCAAAAAUAGUGCACGACACUCACUUACCCACUAUUGUGACAGACUUGGUUGAAAAAUCACUUGAUUUGAAAUGUCUUGAUGCUGUUGAGUUGCAUAAUGUGUUUGCCCAUUGUCCCAAGUCACUUGACAAACCAACUAGAAGUGACCUGCUAGACAUAAGAAAUGCUGGUAGGAGACGGUUGGUUUCUUAUGUAAGGCAAUAUGCUUUAUGUCCUCCUACAGAAGUUCCAGGAAAAUGCAGUAGACAAAAACUCCGGACGUUUACCACCCGUACAUCGAUUUCAAGAGAGAAAGCUAAAGUGCAGAAAGCUACUCGUUUGCUGGAAAAUGCAUAUGCACAUGUGAUUCAUAGUGGAGUUGCCCUUGCCCAGACCUGUCCAUUACCACUCGCAAUAGCAAUGGGCAAGGGUGAAAUUCGCCAACGACCCAAAAGUUCAAUCACGCUAGCGUUUGUCAGGGAUCCUGUUUUGGCACCAAUCUUUGCUACUACAUGCUCUCUUUUGACAGCCAAUCAAACUGCAUUUGACUUUGUUAUUGACUUCCUUCGGGUUCUUCAUCAGCCCCCUCCAUCUCAAGGGGUAUCCCUGCUUGAAUUUUGUCAAUACAUGUGGCAUCAAAUUGUUGUGAAAAUGGGAUUUUUGCGAGGGGCUGGUAGGGUUACUAUUGUCAUUGACAAACCAAAAUUUCUGCCUCCCCCUAGGCAAUUGCUUCAUUCAGUGAGGCAAAAGAAAGUUGGUGUCGAAAGCAAGUCAUCUUAUCAGUUUCCGUCACCGUCUGAGAAAAUGCCUCUUGGCAAAGAGUAUGCCUGUGCCUUGGCAACACCAGAUUUCAAAGCAGUCCUGAUAGAGUUUGCUGCUGAGACAUUCAUGCAGUUAGCUAUGGAAGAGCUUCAUGUUGGACAGUCUGUUUUGAUUGACUCUCCGUCUUUUGAGCAACCAUUGUUGCUGUCACCUGGGGGUAGGUGUGAGAAAUUACCCAAAAACCAGAAAGGGGAAGGGGAUCAAGGUGUUUGGUACCACUCUUGUAAGAGCCCCUUUUCUGCAGUAAUAGUGUUUGCUCAUGAUACGGACAUCUGGAUGGGUGGACUGGCAUUAGAUGAGCCGGGAUAUUUUUCUGACAAGUUGGUAUAUGUUGAGCUAAGACCAAAUUCAGAAUUUGUUACCAUAAGUGGAAUAUCAAGUGUUAUGAAAUCUCACCCUAAUUUGCAAAAUCUGUCGCACCCUGUUGCAUGUCUUCUCGCGGUGUACACUCUCAGUGGUACUGACUACGUAAGCUCAUUUUUGGAGUGUCACAUCAUGGUGCUGUAA